AUGGCAGCGCAGGUCCCGCGCAACUUCAAGCUCCUUGCUGAGCUGGAGAAGGGCGAGAAGGGCAUGGGCGCAGGUGCCUGUUCUUAUGGCUUGGAAGAUCCCGAGGACAUCUUCAUGACACAUUGGCGUGGGACGAUCUGGGGUCCUCCUCACGGCAACCAUGAGAACCGCAUCUACGAACUUAAGAUGGAGUGUGGCCCCAACUACCCCCGCGAGCCCCCCGAGAUUCACUUCGUCAGCCAGAUCAACCUCCCCGGCGUGAACCCGAACGACGGACAGGUGGACAAGAACGCGGUCGGUAUUCUUCGCGACUGGACCAGGAUUGCGGCCGAGCUAGCUAAGAACGCUCGGCCCAAGGAGGAUCCUCUUAGCUUGGAGUCGGCUCUGAUUGCGAUACGGAAGUUUAUGGACGAGAACAAGAAGCUCCCACAACCCCCUGAGGGGUCCAAAUGCUUUGCCCUCUACCGGUCGCUCAUGCGCCAGGGCCGUCUCGUACCCAUUCCCGAUGAACUUGUCAACAGCUCGACCCUCGGCCCGGGCAACCCAAUCCAAUGGCUCAUCCGCAACGGCUUCCGCCGUAACAAACACGAAGUCUCCCCACGCCUCGUAAUAUCCGCCCUCAAAAACGGCUACCGAUACCUAACCCUCCUCACCCGCGCCGCCGACCCUUCCUCUUCUGACCACGCCUCCGUCCUCGAUUUCAUCCGUGAGAACCAACAACGCCUGUUAGUUCGCCAAGCCAAAGCCGCAGAGGCAAAAGCCAAGCUUAUCUCCACGGCCCCAAUCCCCGAUCGCAUCCCCAUCAUCAUCAAAAUCUCUGCCGAGGGCGAACCGCCGGUGUACGCCCCGAAUAUCCCGCCUCGCCCGCUGUCUUCCUUCCCCAAUGGGGUCCGUAAACCACCCCACCUGGCACACGCCAACGAUAUCCCGUUUCUGCGGAUGAAGAAGCCGCAGCCGCGAUUUCUGGGGCGCGUGAUUCGCCAACGUAUGGAGCGCCGGAUCGACCGGUUAAAUGUCAUGUAUGAGAUCGACGAUGUCUUGAUUUAUGAUGCUGCGGUGGAGGACGAGUGGGAUGAGAUGAUGGAGUUUAUGCUCGCGAAGAAGAACACAACAGAGACCGAAGAGAUACAGGACGAGGAGGAGACCGAGGAGCCGACAUACCAGGAGGUCCUGCGCAGCGUGCAGUUUCAUCUGAUUGAGGUAGCCGAGGCGGAGCGGAAGGACCUGGUGGCGAGGAGUCAGGCGUUGUGGGAGAUUGUACAACGGGAGCGGGCGUUGGCCUUGGAAGAGGAGAAGGAGAGGCUAGUACGCGAAGGCAGGGGGUAUGAAGAGCCGAAGCUUAAGUGGAGUGAAAGCAGAAACGCUGUGUCCCCAGAACAGGAGCAAGAGCAGGAGAAACCUGCCGAGAAAUCGGAAGUGGAUAAGCAUCAAUAUGUGCCUGCAGCCGAUGUCGAGAGCACACUCUCCACGGGCCAAAAAGCUCAGGGACAGGAAAGGCCUGAUGAAUCGGGCGAAGGAUCCAAGACAUCAUCACAGGAGCCUCCAUCACCAACAACGGACAAAGCAUAG